GUCUAAAUCAAUGGUUGGUGUUACUAGUUGCGCAGCCAUGAAAGAGGAGCAAGGAAUCUUGAAGGAUUGAGGAGGUAUACGGCCAAUCAGACAGUACGGUUCGUUGUACGUCUUCGUUUUUUUACCCCCGAGAAAGCGAGGGAAAAGGGCAACCCAAUUCUUGUUGAUCUCUCUGCGGCUAAUUCAUUAAUUUCUUGGAAGCUCUGAAUCGAAAUUGCAUGAGCAAUUCGGUGGGGGUUGGAGUCGGAGGAUCGGACGCAAAUUGAGCAGACGAGUGCUCCGAAACAUGUCUGCCAUAGUGUGUGGGAAGAGAUCAAACAUAUUCGAAGACCUACCUGCAUCGUCUCCACCUAUUUCUAAGAGGAUUCGUUGUUCGUCUUCCUCCCCUGUUCGAUUCUCUCCCCCGAGGACUUCACCUAAUCUUCCUUCUUCUCAAUCGCUUCUCAUCGACCACCUCAGUGCUUUAUUUCCUGAUAUGGACAAGCAGCUUCUUGAGAAAGCACUUGAAGAGUGUGGCGAUGAUUUGGAUUCUGCUAUCAGAAGUUUAAAUGAGCUUAGGUUAGGAUCUGCCGACAAGUCUGUAGACUCUACUGGGGGCAUAUCUAAUGGAAUAGUGCCCAAUGGUCAACUUCAAUCAGAAGAAAUUGCAGCACCUGAGGACGCUGCAGCUAAACAAAAUUAUCCUAUGGAUGGCGCUGAAUGGGUGGAGCUUUUUGUUAAAGAGAUGAUGAGUGCCUCAAACAUUGAUGAUGCUAAAGCUCGAGCUUCAAGAGCGCUUGAAGUUUUGGAGAAGGCCAUCUGUACAAGAGUUAGUGCGGAGACAGCACAGAUCCAGCAGGAAAAUAUGUUGCUAAAGGAACAAGUCGAAGCCCUUAUCCAAGAAAAUAUAGUUCUGAAGCGGGCAGUGGCGAUACAGCAUGAACGGCAGAAAGAGUACGAUGAUAGGAACCAAGAGUUACAGCAGUUGAAGCAGCUAGUGUCUCAAUAUCAGGAACAAGUUAGGACUUUAGAGGUGAACAACUAUGCCUUGACGAUGCACCUAAAGCAGGCACAACAAAGCAAUUCCAUCCCCGGGCGUUAUCAUCCAGAUGUUUUCUAAUCACCUUGGAUGCGUGUUUCUUGGUUCUUCCCAGAGUCUGAAUAAUCACGAAGAAGCAACAGAGCAAUGAUUUUUGGGAAUUCUUUGUGAAAUGCAUGGAUCUUGUCCCCGCCCUUUUUUGACAUUCCACCCCAUGUUUACCAAUGGAGAUUUACAUUACCCUUUGCUUGUUCUAAAUUUAAUAUUUUCUUAUUGGAAUUUGAAAUAUACAAGUCCAUUGUGGUUGUAUAGUGCUAUUAUGUUUGUGCCAGCAUCCUUGUUAUACAAUAUUCUUCCCUAUCAUCCCA